AUGUCAACAAUCGGCACAACAACAAUUCAAACAACAGCACCAAACUCGUUAGUCAUGAAUCCUACGUCAAUGUUAGUAGAGAUGAAAAGCUUCAUUCCUUCUUCAUAUACUUUUGAAACAGAAAUCCAGAAGAUAAAGCAAGAACUUUUAACAAGUAAUUUAGACUGUAGUGCGAAAGAUGAAACAAAUGAACAGUAUCUUUAUGAAAUGCAGGACCUCAUCGACCAUUUACCUAAAUUGCCUGAAAUCCAACAACAAAAACUCACUAUUCCUGAAUUCGAUGAAAUAGAAGUCAAAGCAACUGACUCGGUAGAAAUAAAGAAGUUCAUACGAAAGGUAAACUAUGAGUUUCUAGGAUUUCAUUGCAACCAUAAGGUUAUGGACAAAGAUUGCGACAUGUUAUAUAAGAACAUCUCUGACAUAUAUAAAUCUGGGGAGUUUAAGACCUACGACAACUUUGUUUCGUUAGUUGCAGAAUGUGUAUGGCAGAUAAGAGAUAAAGAUAGAAGAGGUAAGGUAUGGAAUGAACAGAUAAAACCAGCAGCUUUUGA